GAAAUGGGAGCGAUGGUAAUCGUUAUUUUUAAUUUAUUUAUUUUGCUUUUUAAAUCGGUAAGUCAGACACUUGUCUUGGGCUGGUGACGUCACUGGGUCGUUUUGAUGCUGAGAGGAACUCAACUACCGCAGCAAGCAGGACACAACAAUCCUGUCCCCUGACCCUCUAACAAUAUGAGCAAACCUGAAGGCACAGAGAGAGGAGGACAGUCCAACUCCGACAACAGUGAAGAAAAAUACUGGGUAGCUGCCAAAACGUUAUCUGACAACGCGAGAACAACGAUGAAGCCCCGUCCGCCCAAACCAAGCAACGCUGUAACCAUUGCGGUGUCCUCGCGAACGCUGUUUAACAUGGUGAAGGAGAGGAAGGUGUUUGAAGAGGAGGGGCUGGAGAAGUACGUCGCGCACCAGCUAGAGCUCGAGGACCAGCCGUUUACCCCAGGGGUCUCGUUUCCUUUCGUUAAGGCCCUGAUGAAUGUAAAUGCCCGUUUGAGAGAACUAUACCCAGACAGUGAGGAGCUGUUUGAUAUUGUGCUGAUGACCAAUAACCAUGCCCAGGUCGGAGUUCGCCUCAUUAACAGCAUCAAUUACUAUGAUCUAACUAUAGAGAGGUUUUGCAUGACGGGUGGAGAGAGUCCAAUUGGUUACCUAAAGGCCUACAUGACCAACCUCUAUCUGUCCAAAGAUUCAAUGAAAGUACAAGAAGCUAUCGAAGAAGGAAUAGCAGCUGCCACGAUGUUCACCUGUGACAGUGAGAAUGAGCUCAGUGACACACAACUACGUGUAGCGUUCGACGGAGAUGCUGUUUUGUUUUCUGACGAGUCUGAGAUUAUCGUAAAGGAACACGGACUGGACACUUUUUUUAGGCAUGAGAAAGAGUUUGAGAACAAGCCUCUGGCUCAGGGCCCCCUGAAAUGUUUCUUGGAAGCACUGGGUAAACUCCAGCGCAAAUUCUAAGCAAAAAACCAACGAAUCAACCGCCCUAUUCGCACCUACCUGGUCACAGCUCGAAGUGCUGCCAGCGCGGGGGCCCGCGUUCUGAAGACCCUACGGAGCUGGGGGUUGGAGGUAGACGAGGCACUCUUUUUGGCUGGGGCUCCUAAGGGGCCUCUCCUACAGAAGAUCAGGCCUCACAUCUUCUUUGAUGAUCAGAUGUUUCACAUUGAGGGUGCCCAGGAGCUUGGUACAAUCGCUGCUCAUGUGCCCUAUGGCAUUGGACAGAAGUAUCAUAAGGGGAAACGCAUAGACACAAGUGAUGCCGAAAAGAUUUGA